UAUAGAGUUUGGCAGGUUAAACUAUUCUGCGCGCAGAAAACAAAAUUAGUUGCGAUAGAAACGGAAAGUAUUAAAAUUGUAUGGGAUUUACAUAUAACAGAAAAAAAAAUUAUAUUAAUGUAAUAUUAGAAAGCGAGAUUUCUCGCUUUUAUUAUCUAAUAUUCGCGUCAUGGUUGCUAUGAAAAUGUCAGUUCAGUGGUGAUUCAUUCGUUCAUUACUUGGCUUUUCUUCUGUUUUUUAAUAGGACAUUCUGCUCAUUGGGCAGGAUGAUGGAAGAACCAUUGAGUCAAGGUGCUUCACCAUCUGGUGAUAGCAAUUUUUCCGGAAGUGGAGAAUUAAGUUCCACUACUAUAAUGAGCAUAGAUGAAAGAAUGUUGGAUGUUAGUUCGCGACAUUCUUUAAAUGUUCUUAGAACUCCGCCAACCAAGAAAGCAAAAAGAGUAAGAUUUUUUAGAAAUGGAGAUAAGUUUUAUACUGGUAUUGUGAUGGCUGUGACGCCAGAAAGAUAUCGCAGUUUUGAUAGUUUAGCUACAGAUUUAACAAGAGCUUUAAUAUCAAGUGUCACUUUACCUAAUGGUGUUAGAGCAAUAUAUACCAUGGAUGGGAAAAAAGUUCAAAGUAUUAAUGAUUUAGAAGAUGGUAAAUGUUACGUAGUUUCUGGACAAGGAGAAAUUUUUAAAAAAGUGGAAUAUUCAUCUACUAAAGUAAGAAGGGGCAGUUCUUUAUCUGGACUACCACAAUCUCCAGCAGGUACUGGUAGACAAAUAAGUGCAAUACCGUUAUGUGUAAAAGCAAAAAUAAUCACAUUAAUUCGACAUGGUACAAAGCCACGUAAAGUUGUACGUCUUUUGUUAAAUAAAAGAAAUGCUCCAAGCUUAGAACAUGCGUUGGAAGCAAUUACAGAAGCUGUUAAAUUAGAUACUGGAGCAGUAAGAAAAGUUUAUACUCUUUCGGGACAACAAGUUACCUCUUUGGAACAAUUUUUUGAAAAUGAUGACAUCUUUGUGGCUUAUGGUCCUGAAAAAUCGAAUCAAGAAGAUUUUGAAUUAGAUUUUGAAGAAUCUAAAAGUGUUCAAAGCUUUCGAAGAUGUCCAUGGACAUCGAAAAGACAGAGUGGUCCAAUGCCAAGAAUGCCACGUAAAUCUGGUAAAAAAGUGCUUACUACACCACAAGUGCGGACACCUAGUCCUUCUUCACUGAUAUUACCACAGCCGUUACGUUUACAUUAUGCAGUAGGACAUGUAAUUGGAGAAGGAAACUUUGCUGUUGUUAGGCAUUGUUCUCAUAAGUCUACAGGUGUAGAAUAUGCAAUGAAAAUUGUAGAUAAAUAUAAAUGUCAAGGUAAAGAAACAAUGUGGGCAAGUGAGGUAUCAAUUUUACGACAAGUUUGUCAUCCAAAUAUUAUUAAUUUGAUCGCAGAACAAGAGACUACCGAUCAAUUGUUUUUAGUCAUGGAACUUGUAAAAGGUGGUGAUUUGUUUGAUGCUAUUGCUGCAGCAACAAAAUUUUCGGAAAGUGAAGCUAGUGUAAUGAUUGGACAUUUAACAUCUGCAUUAGCUUAUUUACAUUCACAUCAUAUUGUACAUCGUGAUGUUAAACCUGAAAAUCUUUUAGUUGAAAUGGAUGGAAAUCAUGUUAGAUGUUUAAAGUUAUGCGAUUUUGGACUUGCCCAAGUUGUAAGAGAACCUUUGUACACAGUUUGUGGUACACCUACAUAUGUAGCACCAGAAAUUCUUGCAGAAACAGGAUAUGGUUUAAAAAUUGAUGUAUGGGCAGCUGGUGUGAUAUUAUAUAUCUUACUUUGUGGUUUUCCACCAUUUGCUUCUCCUGAAAAUAAGCAAGAAGAAUUAUUUGAACGUAUUUUGAGUGGUCAAUAUGAUUUUAGAUCUCCAUUUUGGGAUGAUAUUUCAGAUUCUGCUAAACAAUUAAUUUCAAACAUGUUACAAACGCAACCUGAAUUGAGAUUUGGUGCCGAAGAUGUACUUGAUCAUCCAUGGCUAGCGCAGAGCUUUCUAGGCGAGCAGACCACAGCAUCAACACCUACCAACCCGCCGGAGCAACACUGGUAUCAGCGUGAGCCGAUAAAAUUGGCAAUUUUUGAAUUUGACUUCUACAAAAAUCCAAUUCGAGGUGAUAGUUCUCAAGAUGAAGUUGAUGAUGCUUCUGAUAACAAAACAGAUAUUAGAAACAACCGAAGUGAAGUUUUAUCGUCAAUAGAAUCAAAAAGCAUUGAUUUAUUUUAUGACAAAGUUCAGAAAAAUUAAGUUAUAAUGAAAUUGACUUUAAUAACAAAAAUUUUAAUGAUGAAACAUUUGUGUCCCUUAGUGCAGAUUGUUUAUAAUUUCAGUCGAAUAAUGAACAAUCUUAUAAACAAUUAAUAUAAAAACCACGUUUAUCGUUGUUUAAAAACCAUCGCAUAGUGAAACUUGUUUGAACAGUAUUCAUAAAAAUGUUAAUUGUCGGUGCAAAUAGAUAAUUUAACAUUACUAGAGAGAGAGAGAGAGAGAGAAAGAUAGAUAUCAAAAUAUUCCUACAAUUUAAAUUAUGAGUUGUAAAGACAAUUCAGUUCGAGUGUUUUUUCAAUAUAAAAUAAAGAAUUUUGUUUGCAAGAAUUAAUAAUAUUUCGCGUAUUAUGUUAAAUAAAUACAAUACAGACACCGAUA